AUGUCCGAAAUUCCCGUUAACGUUCUAUUGGAUGAUAAGUUAUAUGCCCCAACAUUUCAGCCUCAUCCGAAAGCAACCGAGUACGGACUAGACUCAGUGGAUACUGCAUUCGUGCCCAAUGAAGGAACCUACUUAAGACGCUACGAUUCGCGGCCAUCCAUUCCGAUCCAAAACCUGGCGAAGAAGAAAUAUGCAUAUCUAUGGCAGUGCUGUAGCUGCGGUCACCCAGGCAUCAACAUCAUGAACGAUCGGUGUCCAAGAUGCGCUACCCCAAGAUGUGCCUAUUGCAAGACGUUCAAGGAAGAGACACCUUAUGUUAAACUCAAAAAUGAUAUUCGAUCAGUAUUUGGUGACAUCGAAAACUUCAUGCAGGAUUCAGAAGAAUCGCUCCCGUCGGAUCAGGUUGAUGAGGUGAUUGAAUUCUGCCAUGGUGUUUGCUCAGAUGACUUGCGGUCAGGUGUUGCGGCUGGUGGACGAUAUCAACGUUCAUGGCUGGAUGACAGAGGAUAUUCGCAUGAGACGGGCAGUGGACUUUCUAGGAGAUAUACCGGAAAUUCGUUGACACCGUCCCAACUGUACCAAAUCUUGCAGGCUCGGCGAUAUGAUAAUGCCGUCAUGCCAGAUGCGGAUAGACGCUUAAUAUACAUCACGAAAAUGAGUCCGCAUUACGUUUUGGCGAUCACCGAAACAGCUCCAUGGCAUGAGGUCGAGUCAUUAAGGGAUGCUCUGUGGAAACAUUUGGCAUCCCAAAUGUCCAUAAAAGUCAUUCUACCUCAGAACUUCCCCAUAUUUCAUCUGGAAUUUCAUCUACCGUACCUUUCACUGCGACAAGCUCCACCAGAGCCCCAUUCUCCUGAAGCAAACAACGGCAGAGCCUGGACCGACUUGUCGUUCCUGGAACCUGAGAAGGGCAAGUUACAACAUCGUGGUGUCUUUGAAGCCCAGAUCUCCUUUGUCAUUGUAGGGUCAGACAAUUACCGGUGGGACGGAUAUUGUUUUGCCUUCGACGACGAGGAAGAGUUGCUCGAUGACGACUCUGACGCAGUUCGCAUGGAUCCCAUCUCUUGGAAUGGAAAGAGCUGUACAUAUAAUGCGAAUCACCCAAUUUGGGAUCCAAGAAAAUAUUUUCUCGCGGUUUUUGAGAGCCGAAUGACUCAGGUUUUAGCCGAGUUCGAAUGCCUUAUUCGAAUGAUAGCAAAAAACAUCAAGCAAUAUGAAAAUUCCCUCCUUCUUACUUUGUCACGACAGCCGCGAAACCACACCCGAGACGCAAAGGAAGAUUUCGAAAGGGUUCAUCUCACAAUGCGCCUUCUGCGUCGAUUAAUGGAUAUAUUAUCAGAAUAUACCGAUGCUUGGGAGACCUUUAGUGGUUAUGAAGGAGAUCUUGGUUACUUUUCUGACAUCGUGGCCGCUGGGGAUCACUCAUCUGAACAAGCUCGCCAUUCGAUUGAGGUCAUCAGGCACGCCUUCGUUGGACUACAGCGGCGCAGACGAGAGUUGAGUCGACUGGAAGACUGGUGUAAAAACUCAGCCCAAAUACUCCAACUGCAGUUAACGCUCGCGGGGAGUAACUCGGCACGGAAUAACGAGAUUGUCACAGGACUUACAGCUUCGUUUGUCAAUCCCAUCGCCGUCGCUGCAGCACUCUUUUCAAUGCCGGAAACAGUAAAGCUCAACCCCAAAUCAUUUGUUGUUGCCAUUGUUGUCAGUAUGGUCUUGAUGAGGCUGCUCAUCUAUAUUCCUGGAUUUUUCGGAUGGUGGCCUGCGAUCAACGCAAGGAUAAGGACCGCCCAAUGGGAUGGACGGGCAUCUAAGAAUAUUGCAACCACACAGACGCGGCGUGGCACAGACGAGGCGACGUAUGAUGUGGAAAUGCACCCCCGCGAUAACAAUACAUGUAAUGUAGACUUGUGA